AUGGAGGAGGGGGAAGGAAAGGUUAGCUCCGGAUGCUAUCACCUUCGCGGAGUCCUGGGACACGCAGGGGGGCAGUGUUUGGAGAGCCUCGAGCGGAGACAGGGCCCCGGGCCGAACAUCACCUGGGCCCCCGGGAGCCGCUCCGCUGACCCGACAGCAGGGUGUGGAGGGGAGUGGGGAGUCUAUGCAUGCUCCCCUCCCCCGAGCUGGGCGGCUGACCCGGGCCUGUCACUCAGAGAGGGGGACACCUGA